CCAAAUCGACUCCGGCCAGACUCGUCACACGUGAUCCCGGCCAAUUAAAAGCCUUUUGCAGCGUUUGCAAUUCCCCGUAUUCAGCCCAAGAAUUAAAUUAAACUGCACUGCAGAGUCAUCGUCGCUAAGGAUUAGUGCUCCUCCAGCGUACGACUCCGUACAUCUCCUCCGAAACGGUCUUACUCGGUUACUACGGCGUUAUCCGAGUGGUUGUCCUAAAAUGAAACACUAAUUCGGUUUCUUAUGCAAUCCGUCGUGAAUCUCAGCCUCUGGGUUCGGUGAUUUACGUGAUCACGAAGGAAUUGUGAUGGAUCGAAACCAUGCGAGGCGCGCAUGUGUCAGAUAAAGACCACGAUAGACUACGUAUCAUCUAUGAGACCGACCUGUCAAGACCAUACCUUUAGCUGGGUUUACUGGAGGAAGUCUCUAGGAGUGGAACGAACGGGAUAGUCCGUCGUACUCCAGUGAGUCGGUUAAGUGCCCCGGGGCUCGGAGUUGGGUGCCGACGCCGACUCCGAUAGUUAAGGCCAGUCAUGAUAGGAGCGGGUCUCUUCAUUUAACUCAUUACUCCAACAGUCUCCAACCCCGACACUAUCUAUACCCUAAACCUGUACAACCCCCGCAGCAGGCACAGACUUCCUCUUCAACACUCCCUCCAUCUAGUCGUAUUCCGUCUUUACCGACCUGAACCAUGGCCGCUCUAUUGAAGCAGCCGUUGAAACUAGCCCUGGUGCAGCUCGCCUCCGGCGCGGACAAAGCCGUUAAUUUGGCCCACGCUCGCACUAAGGUCCUUGAGGCAGCACAGGCUGGAGCCAAGCUCAUCGUCCUCCCGGAAUGCUUCAACUCGCCGUACGGAACCCAAUACUUUCCCAAGUACGCCGAGACUCUUGUUCCUUCGCCUCCUACCGAAGAUCAAUCUCCUUCCUAUCAUGCCCUGUCAGCCAUUGCUGCCGAGGCCAAGGCCUACCUCGUAGGAGGUAGCAUCCCCGAACUGGAACCCACAACGAAGAAAUACUAUAACACAUCCCUCGUGUUCUCCCCCACUGGGUCGUUAAUAGGGACCCACCGCAAGACCCAUCUGUUCGACAUCGACAUCCCAGGAAAGAUCACAUUCAAGGAGAGCGAGGUCCUAUCGCCCGGACACCAGUUGACAAUUGUUGAUCUUCCCGACUAUGGAAAGAUCGGUGUUGCCAUCUGUUACGAUAUCCGUUUCCCGGAGGCGGCCAUGAUUGCUGCGCGAAAGGGCGCUUUCGCACUCAUCUACCCGGGCGCUUUCAACAUGACUACUGGUCCCAUGCACUGGUCUCUGUUGGCACGCGCUCGUGCAGUGGAUAACCAGGUGUAUGUGGGGCUGUGUAGCCCGGCGCGCGAUAUGGAUGCCACUUACCACGCAUGGGGUCACAGUUUGAUAACCAACCCAGCUGCGGAAGUCCUGGUAGAAGCGGAGGAUAAAGAGACUAUUGUCUAUGCUGAUCUGGAUAAUGACAGUAUUCAAAGCAUACGGAAAGGCAUUCCUGUCUAUACACAGAGGCGGUUUGACCUGUACCCCGAUGUGAGCGCCGGGAAAUAGGCCUGUCAUUAUCAAGUGCCCAGGAGUAACACGAAUCGAGUCAUGAUAUCCAGUGCUUAUAACGGUUAAUCGAACCUAGUGACUUAUACACC